CCCUGGUCCAGCCCCCGGCCCUCGCGGCCACCGCCCAGCCCGCUGUUCCAUGGCCAGGUGCAAAAUGCCUUGUCAUCUGGAGAGCCCGCGGCCGGAGCAUUGAAUUACAGCUCAAUGGAGCCCCGCUAGGGCGGCGGGCGCGGAAGCAGAGCAAAGCCCCUGUUCUGGGAAGGCCCGCUGAGCGGCCGGGUGAGCACAGCCCGGGCAGCGCAGCCGAGGCAGGGUCCGAGCCUUGCCCAGUGGAGCAGCCCGGGGGUGGGGUCUGUUCCCUUUUAAGAGAAGAAGCUCGGAGCCGAGAGCCAGAGCUCCGAAGCGGCCGCGCUCCGCCAGCCCUCCCCAGGAGCGGACCCACUAGCUGCCCCUCAGCCACCUGCGACCUUCCCCAGCCCUCCAGGCGCCCUGGGCGCACGGAGCUCUGCGCGCGCCAGACAUGCUGAGGGUCUUCUUCCUCUACGCGGAGAACGUCCACACCCCGGACUCCGACAUCAGCGAUGCCUACUGCUCCGCGGUGUUCGCAGGGGUGAAGAAGAGAACCAAGGUCAUCAAGAACAGCGUGAACCCCGUGUGGAAUGAGGGCUUCGAGUGGGACCUCAAGGGCACUCCCCUGGACCAGACCUCUGAGCUUCAUGUGGUGGUCAAAGACCAUGAGAAGAUGGGGAGGAACAGGUUCCUGGGGGAGGCCAAGGUCCCGCUGCGGGAGGUCCUCGCCACGCCCAGCCUGUCGGCCAGCUUCAAUGCCCCGCUCUUGGACACCAAGCAGCAGCCCACGGGGGCCUCGCUGGUCCUGCAGGUAUCCUACACGCCACUGCCUGGAGCUGUGCCCCUGUACCCGCCCGCCACACCGCUGGACCCCACCCCGAUCCUGCUGGACUCAGAUGCACUGGCUGGUGGGGGACAGAGCCGGGCCGAGACUUGGUCCCUGCUCAGUGACAGCACCGUGGACACGAGAUACUCUGGAAAGAAGUGGCUGGCCCCCGCGGACACAGGAGGAGAGGAAGACACCGAAGACCAGGGGCUCACGGGCGACGAGGCAGAGCCAUUCCUAGACCCGAGCGGUGCUCCGGGCCCUGGGGCACCCCCCACCCCAAAGAAGCCACCAUCCCACCCUCCGCCCUACCACCCUGGGAGCAGGAGACCAAGAAGCACGCCGGCGCCCAGAAAGCUGCUGUCGGACAAACCGCAGGACUUCCAGAUCAGGGUCCAGGUGAUCGAAGGGCGCCAGCUGCCGGGGGUGAACAUCAAGCCGGUGGUCAAGGUCACGGCUGCCGGGCAGACCAAGCGGACACGGAUUCACAAGGGGAACAGUCCUCUCUUUAAUGAGACUCUUUUCUUCAAUGUGUUUGACUCUCCCGCGGAGCUGUUCAACGAGCCCAUCUUCAUCACGGUGGUGGACUCCCGCUCCCUCAGGACAGAUGCGCUCAUCGGGGAGUUCCGGAUGGACGUGGGCACCGUUUACAGAGAGCCCCGGCACGCCUAUCUCAGGAAGUGGCUGCUGCUCUCCGACCCUGACGACUUCUCUGCUGGCGCCAGGGGCUACCUGAAAGCCAGCAUGUGUGUGCUGGGACCGGGAGACGAAGCGCCCCUGGAGAGAAAAGACCCCUCUGAAGACAAGGAGGACAUUGAAGGUAACCUGCUGCGGCCCACAGGCGUGGCCCUGCGAGGAGCCCACUUCUGCCUGAAGGUCUUCCGGGCCGAGGACCUGCCACAGAUGGACGACGCCGUGCUGGACAACGUGAAGCAGAUCUUCGGCUUUGACAGUAACAAGAAGAACUUGGUGGACCCCUUCAUGGAGAUCAGCUUUGCAGGGAAAAUGCUCUGCAGCAAGAUCCUGGAGAAGACAGCCAACCCUCAGUGGAACCAGAGCAUCACACUGCCUGCCAUGUUUCCCUCCAUGUGUGAGAAAAUGAGGAUUCGCGUCAUGGACUGGGACCGCCUCACUCACAAUGACAUCGUGGCCACCACCUACCUGAGUAUGUCGAAGGUCUCUGCGCCUGGAGGAGAAAUCGAAGUGGACGACCAUCUGGGCUUCCUCCCCACUUUUGGGCCCUGCUACGUCAAUCUCUAUGGCAGCCCCAGGGAGUUCACGGGCUUCCCAGACCCCUACGUGGAGCUCAACAUGGGCAAGGGGGAAGGUGUGGCCUACCGAGGCCGGCUCCUGCUCUCCCUGGAGACCAAGCUGGUGGAGCACAGCGAGCAGAAGGUGGAGGACCUCCCUGCAGACGACAUCCUGCGGGUGGAGAAGUACCUGCGGAGGCGCAAGUACUCCCUGUUUGCCGCCUUCUACUCGGCCUCCAUGCUGCAGGACGUGGAUGACGCCAUCCAGUUUGAGGUCAGCAUCGGGAACUACGGGAACAAGUUCGACACCACCUGCCUGCCGCUGGCCUCCACCACGCAGUACAGCAGGGCCGUCUUCGACGGCUGCCACUACUACUACCUGCCCUGGGGCAACGUGAAACCUGUGGUGGUGCUGUCUUCCUACUGGGAAGACAUCAGCCACAGGGUCGAGACGCAGAACCACCUGCUCGGGAUCGCUGACCGGCUGGAAGCUGGUCUGGCGCAGGUCCACCUGGCCCUGAAGGCGCAGUGCUCUGCCGAGGACGCCGACGCCCUGGGGGCUCAGCUGAUGGAUGAGCUCAUUGCAGACUGCAGUCAGCCCCUGCAUGAUGUCCGUGAGACGCCCUCUGCCACCCACCUGGACCAGUACCUGUACCAGCUGCGCAGCCGCCACCUGAGCCAGAUUGCAGAGGCCGCCCUGGCGCUGAAGCUCGGCCACAGCGAGCUCCCUGCUGUCCUGGAGCAGGCGGAGGACUGGCUGCUGCGUCUCCGUGCCCUGGCUGAGGAGCCCCAGAACAGCCUGCCGGACAUCAUCAUCUGGAUGCUGCAGGGAGACAAGCGUGUGGCUUACCAGCGGGUGCCCGCCCACCAGGUCCUCUUCUCCCGGCGGGGGGCCAGCUUCUGCGGCAAGAACUGCGGGAAGCUGCAGACCAUCUUUCUGAAAUAUCCCAUGGAGAGGGUGCCUGGAGCCCGGAUGCCAGUGCAGAUUCGGGUCAAGCUCUGGUUCGGGCUGUCUGUGGAUGAGAAAGAGUUCAACCAGUUCGCUGAGGGGAAGCUGUCCGUCUUCGCUGAAACCUACGAGAACCAGACCAAGCUGGCCCUGGUCGGGAACUGGGGUACCACGGGCCUCACCUACCCCAAGUUUUCCGACGUGACGGGCAAGAUCAAGCUACCCAAGGACAGCUUCCGCCCCUCCACUGGCUGGGCCUGGGCUGGAGACUGGUUCGUGUGUCCGGAGAAGACUCUGCUCCAUGACACGGACGCCGGCCACCUGAGCUUCGUGGAGGAGGUGUUUGAGAACCAGACCAGGCUCCCUGGAGGCCAGUGGAUCUACAUGAGUGACAACUACACGGACGUGAACGGGGAGAAGGUGCUUCCCAAGGACGACAUCGAGUGCCCCCUGGGUUGGAAGUGGGAAGAUGAAGAGUGGUCCACCGACCUCAACAGGGCUGUUGAUGAGCAAGGCUGGGAGUACAGCAUCACCCUCCCCGCUGACCGGAAGCCCCGGCACUGGGUGCCGGCGGAGAAGAUGUACUACACGCACCGCAGGCGACGCUGGGUGCGCCUGCGCAGGAGGGACCUCAGCCAGAUGGAAGCCCUGAAGAAGCACAGGCAGGCGGAGGCGGAGGGCGAGGGCUGGGAGUAUGCCUCGCUCUUUGGCUGGAAGUUCCACCUCGAGUACCGCAAGACUGACGCCUUUCGCCGCCGGCGCUGGCGCCGCCGCAUGGAGCCACUGGAGAAGACGGGGCCUGCGGCCGUGUUUGCCCUUGAGGGGGCCCUGGGCGGCGUGGUGGAUGACAGGAGUGAGGAUUCCAUGUCAGUAUCCACCUUGAGCUUUGGCGUGAACAGACCCACAAUUUCCUGCAUCUUCGACUAUGGGAACCGCUACCACCUACGCUGCUACAUGUACCAGGCCCGGGACCUGCCUUCGAUGGACAAGGACUCAUUUUCUGAUCCCUACGCCAUCGUCUCCUUCCUGCACCAGAGCCAGAAGACGGUGGUGGCGAAGAAUACCUUGAACCCUACCUGGGACCAGACACUCAUCUUCUAUGAGAUCGAGAUCUUCGGGGAGCCAGCCAGCAUUGCCGAGCAGCCGCCCAGCAUCGUGGUGGAGCUGUACGAUCAUGACACCUACGGUGCCGACGAGUUUAUGGGCCGCUGCAUCUGUCAGCCGAGUCUGGAGCGGAUGCCCCGGCUGGCCUGGUUCCCGCUGCUGAGGGGCAGCCAGCCGGCUGGCGAGCUGCUGGCCUCCUUUGAGCUCAUCCAGAGAGAGAAGCCGGCCGUCCACCACAUCCCCGGUUUCGAGGUGCCAGACAGCUCAGGCAUGCUGGAUGAGUCGGAUGACACGGACCUGCCCUACCCACCGCCCCAGAGGGAGGCCAACGUCUACAUGGUUCCCCAGAACAUCAAACCUGUUCUGCAGCGGACAGCCAUAGAGAUCCUGGCCUGGGGCCUGCGCAACAUGAAGAGCUACCAGCUGGCCAGCAUCUCCUCCCCCAGCCUCGUGGUGGAGUGCGGGGGCCAGGCUGUGCAGUCCUGCGUCAUCAGGAACCUCCGCAAGAACCCCAACUUUGACGUCUGCACUCUUUUCAUGGAAGUGAUGCUGCCCCGGGAAGAGCUCUACUGCCCGCCCAUUGUGGUCAAGGUCAUUGAUAACCGCCAGUUUGGCCGCCGGCCUGUGGUGGGCCAGUGCACCAUCCGCUCCCUGGAGAGCUUCCUGUGUGACCCCUACUCAGCUGAGAGUCCAUCGCCACAGGGAGGCCCAGAUGAUGUGAGCCUGCUCAGCCCUGGGGAGGACGUGCUCAUUGACAUCGAUGACAAGGAGCCACUCAUCCCCACCCAGCUUGCAGAUGGGCUGUCGAGCUUGGUCCCCACUAACACGGCGUCUUCUCCAUCCAGUCCUCAUGAAGAAGAGUUCAUCGAUUGGUGGAGCAAAUUCUUCGCCUCCAUAGGGGAGAGGGAGAAGUGCGGCUCCUACUUGGAGAAGGAUUUUGACACACUAAAGGUCUACGACACCCAGCUGGAGAACGUGGAGGCCUUUGAGGGCCUGUCUGACUUUUGUAACACCUUCAAGCUCUACCGGGGCAAGACUCAGGAAGAGGUGGAAGAUCCGUCUGUCAUUGGGGAAUUCAAGGGCCUCUUCAAAAUUUAUCCACUCCCAGAAGACCCAGCUAUCCCCAUGCCCCCCAGACAGUUCCACCAGCUGGCUGCCCAGGGGCCGCAGGAGUGCUUGGUCCGUAUCUACAUCGUCCGUGCCUUUGGCCUGCAGCCCAAGGACCCCAAUGGGAAGUGUGAUCCUUACAUCAAGAUCUCCGUAGGGAAGGAAUCAGUGAGCGACCAGGACAACUACAUCCCCUGCACCCUGGAGCCUGUGUUUGGAAAGAUGUUCGAGCUCACCUGCACUCUGCCCCUGGAGAAGGACCUGAGGGUCGCUCUCUAUGACUAUGACCUCCUCUCCAAGGACGAGAAAAUCGGGGAGACGGUCAUCGACCUGGAGAACAGGCUGCUGUCCAAGUUUGGGGCUCGCUGCGGCCUCCCACAGACCUAUUGCAUCUCUGGACCAAACCAGUGGAGGGACCAGCUCCGCCCCUCCCAGCUCCUCCACCUCUUCUGCCAGCAGCACCGAGUCAAGGCCCCCGUGUACUGGACAGACCACGUGACCUUCCAGGGUAAAGAGUACACCAUUGAGGACAUAGAGGCUGGCAGAAUGCCGAACCCCCACCUGGGUCCAGUGCAGGAGCGCCUGGCUCUGCACGUCCUCCAGCAGCAGGGCCUGGUUCCAGAGCACGUGGAGUCGCGGCCCCUCUACAGCCCCCUGCAGCCCAACAUCGAGCAGGGGAAGCUGCAGAUGUGGAUAGACCUGUUCCCGAAGGCCUUGGGGCGACCUGGACCCCCCUUCAACAUCACCCCACGGAGAGCCAGGAGGUUUUUCCUGCGCUGCAUUGUCUGGAACACCAAAGAUGUGAUCCUGGACGACCUCAGCAUCACAGGGGAGAAGAUGAGUGACAUUUACGUGAAAGGCUGGAUGGUGGGCCUGGAGGAGCACAGGCAGAAGACGGAUGUACACUACCGCUCGCUGGGCGGAGAGGGCAACUUCAACUGGAGGUUCGUCUUCCCCUUUGACUACCUGCCGGCUGAGCAGGUCUGCACCGUCACCAAGAAGGACGCCUUCUGGAGCCUGGACAAGACCGAGAGCAAAAUCCCAGCGCGAGUGGUCUUCCAGAUCUGGGACAACGACAAGUUCUCCUUUGACGACUUCCUGGGCGCCCUGCAGCUGGAUCUCAACCACAUGCCCAAGCCAGCUAAGACGGCCGAGAAGUGCUCCCUGGAGCAGCUGGACGAAGUCUUCCACCCAGAACGGUUUGUGUCCCUCUUUGAGCAGAAGACGGUGAAGGGCUGGUGGCCCUGUGUGGCAGAUGAGGGCGAAAAGAAGAUCCUGGCGGGCAAGCUGGAAAUGACCCUGGAGAUUGUAGCAGAGAGUGAGCAUGAGGAGCGGCCCGCUGGCCAGGGUCGAGAUGAGCCCAACAUGAACCCCAAGCUUGAAGACCCGAGGCGCCCGGACACCUCCUUCCUGUGGUUCACCUCCCCGUACAAGACAAUGAAAUUCAUCCUGUGGCGGCGCUUCCGGUGUGCCAUCAUCCUCUUCAUCAUCCUCUUCAUCCUCCUGCUGUUCUUGGGCAUCUUCGUCUAUGCCUUCCCGAACUACGCUGCCAUGAAGCUGGUGAAGCCCUUCAGCUGAGGGCGCCCCCACCACGUCCAGCUCCUGCAGACCUCUGAGGCCAGACCGUCCUGCCAGGGUGGGCGGGUGCGCAGAAGGACUGACGAGUGCUCCCAGAGCGGCAGGCGUCGAGCCCUGGGGUCACCGCCUUUCAUCAUCUCUGUCUCCUCUGGCCCUCCCCUCCUUUGGAUCGGCUCACACACAUUUCAGUAUAAAACAGACAGAACCUCA